UUUGGUUCAUACCGUACCGUCAUCUUCAUCUGAGAACGAGACAAUCCAAUCCAAUCCAAUCCGAUGAAAGCUCUCCUCAACCCCGAAUCUUCCUUCUCCCUCUCUUCGUUCCAAACCAAGAGGCCUACCUACUCCGACCACCCACCACCGCCUUCCUCAUGCCUCCGGUUCCCUCUAACCGGUCUCAACGGCCGUCCUUGGCGGCGGAAGCUCCUCCUUCCUCACGGUGGUUUGAAGAUAAAAGCAGUGCUGGACUCUGCAAUGAUGGAACAGUUCGGUCUCAAGGACUCUGAUAUCAAGAAUCCAGCUCUCUCUUCCACUUACCGUAGAUCGGAGAUUCCAAAAGCAAACCCUACCGUUCUUGAUGCCCAAGCUAGGGUUUGCACCGGACCCACCCAGACAAGACCCCUUACUGAAGAACAGGCUUUCAAGGUCUUUGAUACUAUACUUAGAUCAGCUAGAGGGGAACUAAAAGGGGAAGAACCAGUGUCAAAGGCACAGCUUGGUGCAUUCUUUGCUGGGAUGACAAUCCGAGCAAACGCGUUUCCCGAGGAAACACAAUGGAGCGAAGGCGAAAAGCGGGCGAUGGAUGUGUUCUGGCCGCUUCUUGUUCGGGCAUUACCUCCUGAUGUGCUCUUCAUUGCUGAUCCCGAGGGCUCUCUUUUGGGAACUGGCAGUAGCUCCGUUGGACCGAGUUUCGUCGGGAACGAAGCUAAGGAGAUGAGGCUGGUUGGUGCGUUGAGAGAGGUUUUGGCUGGAGGUCAUCUCGGGUACGAGGAGGUUAAAGGUGUUUUGAGAGACGUUCUGCCGCUUGGAGAGGGAGAUGGGUUAGGUGGUUAUUGUGGAGUGAGUGAGUCGUUGCUUUCGGCGUUUUUGAUUGGUCAGAGGAUGAAUAGAGAGACGGAUAGGGAGCUUAAAGCUUACUGCCUCGCGUUUGAUGAUGAACUCGGUGGUGCUCCUGUUGCUGAUGUCAAGUCGUUGACUCAUUAUGGAGAGCCUUAUGAUGGGAACACUCGGUUCUUUCGAAGCACGCUGUUUGUGGCUACGGUUAGAGCUUGCUAUGGUGAAUCAUCACUCCUCCAUGGCGUUGAAUGGAUGCCUCCAAAGGGAGGUGUGACUGAGGAGCAGAUGUUGAAGUUUAUGGGAGCGAAUACAAGGUUGUCUGUUCACCAAGCAAAAGAACUCAUCGAGGAUGAGAAGGCUGGAUUUGCAUAUCUUAGUCUACGGGAAGCUCGGCCGUCUUUAUAUUCAGUAGUGGGAAUGAGGGAGCAUAUAAAGAAGCGUCCUCCUCUGGCAACAACGGAGAAAGUUCAGCAGUUUGUGAGGGCGACAGGGAAAGAAUCAAUAGUGGCGGGGUUUUACCACGAAGGGUACGAAGAGCCUCUCUUAAUGCUUAUGAGAAGAAGAGGUGUCCAUUCUGGUUUGGUGGUUAAGGGAGAAGAAGGGGCACUCUCAAUGACAACAAGGGUGCGAGCAGCAACUGCAUCGAAAGGGUUUCCAGUUAACUACUGUUCUGGUUUCCGUUCUUCCAGUUCAGACACUGCUCUUGAAGCUGACGGGGUGUCACGUCAGAGUUUCAACCUUGAGGUGGAUGCAAGAAACUAUGGGUUUGAGCCAACAGAGACUCCAAGAACUGAUCGUUCCGUGUCCAAGAACAUAGAGCUUGGUUUGGCAGCGCUGCGUGGUGAGAAAGGCGCUGCUUAUGAUAGAAUCGUCCUAAAUGCUGGGAUUGUGGAUCAUUUAUUGGGAUCCGAAGGUGCAGAGGAUGUGGCUGUGGCUAUGGAGAGAGCAAAGGAGGCUAUUGACAGUGGGAAGGCUCUAAAGAAGCUUUUGAAUUACAUUGAGAUCUCACGCAAGAUGAAAUAGUUCAUCCAAAACAGUCUGGAGUCUUUGACAAACCAUCCAUACCAUCAUACACGGAAUAGAGAAAUGCAUACAUCUUUCCUUUAAUCUUCUCUUUUUUUUUUGUGGACAAAACUCUAUUGUUGUUGUUGUUGUUGAUGUUGCAAAACUAAGUGUUGUUUUUUACAGAGUGGAUGCUAUGUACAGAAUCUGGAGAGAAAUGUUUAUUUCUGA